AAAAUUAAUGAAAACAAAAAUAGGCUUUUUGGUCUUAAUUUAAGGUUGGGCAUAAGGUUAGCAGUGUGGUUAAGUUUAAAAUCAGAGUUUAAGAAGAUGAAUUGUAGAAAUAGGCGGGCAAGCUUGCUAAGCAAAAACAAAUGUACUGGACUUCCGCAUUUGGAUUCGUCACAACCACAAAGUUGCUCAACUGUUGCUCAGAUCAUCAAGUGCUGCAUUUGAAGACACUGCCACCUGCUGACAUGUGCCUCAAAUGUGAUGAUCAAAGAGUCCUCUACAGCCAUUUCAGUUAGAUAGCUAGAUAGAUUUUAUUUGACAGUUAUAAAUUACGACCAGGGGGAGAUACCACCAGUCCAGUCCCAUACAAGCCUUUCCUGUGACGUAUUAUGCGCGCCCAUAAAACUGUGACCUAUUGUGACGUAACCAAGCAUAAAUUCACUACAUAAACUGUGUUCAGCUUUGAUAUCAUCAGUACAAUCGCUUUCUUCAGUAAGGUUGUUUCAGGUGCAUAGUCUGCCCUAGCUGACACUGUGCAGAGAAUAAAUACUACGAUUGGAAACGGUUGGAUAGACCCGUCCUUGGAGUUUAGAACGUCUGAAAGCAAGAUGAAUCAUAAUGAUGAGAGAAUCAAAAGAGCUUUAAGGCGCCGCCCUUAUGUGUUGAAUCCAGUGAGGGUGAACACCCCUGAUUCUGUGAUGUGGCCAACCGGCAAAGUGCGCAGAAGGCCAAGGCCUUCUACAUCAGUGCAGACCCCUCAGAUCCACAAAAGGCCUCCAAUCAUUGUGAGCUGUGGGCAGGAACAGACAUCUGGGGAUGGAUGGGACAUCAAUCCAGAGCCUCUUAGCCAGUCUGGAAGGGUGACUCGGCUGAUGGAUAGAAAUGAUGAUGGGGUGAUCUCAUCCUCCAACUCUGACAUCUCUAUCUACUCCUUCACUGACUGUGAAUCUGAGUCUGAUGAUGAGGAUCAUGAAAGGAGGACACCACCGCUGAAAGUGAAGGAUGAGGAGGAUGGAAAGCUGACAAGGCUUAAAGUGAGGGAUAUGGUAGAGGACGACGAUCUUUCUCUCCAAUCCUUCGAUGAGUCAGACUUUCUGCGUGAUAAUGGCAAUGAUGCCUCUGCUGAGGACAGUCCAGGGCCUUCAAAGGAACCACUGAGAAAAGGGGCUUCACUGAAGGACCCUCGACUGAUUAUUGUGGCGAAACCCAACAUCCCUGUCAUUGUUGCUCCGCAUGCUGUGGAGUACUUACCAUACCACCACAGCCCUCGCCUGGCCCCAAUCACCAACCUGAGCGAGAACGGUAGGAAGCUGCUCCAGAAAAUGUCAGGAGUGGCCCCACAGGUGAGAGGAAAUACAGAAAGCCCUUGCCUGGCCCCCAUCACCAAUACAGGAAGCCCUCGCCUGGCCCCCAUCACCAACCUGAGUGAGAACAGCAGGAAGCUGCUCCAGGAAACGGCGCAGAAAAUGGCAGGAGUGUACCCACAGGUGAGAGGAAAUACAGAAAGCCCUUGCCUGGCCCCCAUCACCAAUAAAGGAAGCCCUCGCCUGGCCCCCAUCACCAACCUGAGUGAGAACAGCAGGAAGCUGCUCCAGGAAACGGCGCAGAAAAUGGCAGGAGUGUACCCACAGGAAGGGAAGGUCAAAAGGAAAAAGGGCAAGGCAAAAAAGAGAGUGAAGCAAGAGCAGGCUAGUAACAUGAAGCAGGUGGAAAAUGUUGGAGAAAGUAAGGAGGACAAGAAAGAGGAAAAGAAGAGUCUGAGGAAGAGGUUUCUCCAGUGGCUGCUGCCCAAACUUAGAUGUUUGAAUAAAUAAUGGCCAUCUACUACUACAACACACACACACACACAGAUAUUUUGAGUAUUGCUUACUCCUCCAAUACACACAGAAACUUAAUUUCAGACACAGGAACUAUGUUUAGAAAAAUACACAUAUUGGUCUCGUUCUAAUAUUUUGAGACAUGCACUAUUCUUUAAAAUAAAAAAACUACAAAAAAUGUUUGAAAUAUGCAUUUUCAAUAAAGCUUUUGAAAUUGCAA